GCUGAUGGACCCAGCUCUUGCGGCGCGGUUUGCGCGCCAGAAGGAGAAGCUCGAAAGAGGCGAUGAUGUGGUGGAAAUCGGCUCCCAAGCUGAUCACAAGAAGCAGCUUGAUCCUGUCCUCGCACAGCGGUGGGAGAAGUUGCAAACCGGAGAAGUUCCGAAGUGUGUGGUGAACGAUGACAUUGGAUCAAUCGCAGACAAGACGGUCAAAUUGGAUCCUGUCCUGGCCAAGCGAUGGUCAAAGCAGCAGGAGCGAAUGGAUGACAAUUAUGUCUGCGAAAUUCCAGAUGUGGUCUCGCUGGCAGACAAGUCAACGAAGAUAGAUCCUGUUCUUGCAGAGCGUUGGGCUGCGAAGAACGAACGCUUUGCUGGCUUUACCGAAGGUGAGGAAAUUCCUGAAGUCGGGUCCAGAGCGGACUUUUCAAGGAAAGACACAGAGCUCGCCAAGACCUUUGCAAAAAUGCAGAAGCAGGCGAAGAGAGGAAGCGGUGAGGCAGAAAGGUGUCAACUUCAGUUUUCAGCUGGGCAACAGCUUGAGCAAACUGCGCCAUGGGGUGCAGAUGGGCGACAAGGGCGCCUUCAGUGGAGCGCCGUCGUCCUUUCAGAUCUCACCAUCGACUUGGAGGUCCGUGCAGUGGUUCGAACCCCUCCUGAGACAGAGGGCAGCGAAGGGGUGACAGAGCAAAUUGUGCUGCAAAGGAAUGCUCGUGGAGUCACGUUUGUAGGGACUCUGGAUGCCAGCUGCGACAGGAGACUUGGUGCCACUGCAGGUGACAAAAAAAUCAGGAAGGAAGUUUUGUCUGUCAUUUUUAAGUUCAGCAACUCGUUUAGUUGGUUCACGGGGAAGGAGGUUGAGCUGGUUCUUUUGAAAGAAUGAGACGAAAAGGUCUCUCUGAAAAGGCUGCUGUUGAU